AUGGCGUCCUACGACAAGGCCAUGGAGUCGUACAAGAAGGCCGUCACCACGGCGGCGUCCCUCGCGGCGUCGGCCAUGCUGGUGCGCGGCGUCGUCAACGAGCUGGUCCCCUACGAGGUGCGCGACCUGCUCUUCUCCGGCAUGGGCUACCUUCGCUCGCACAUGUCCUCCCACCACACCAUCAUCAUCGAGGAGACGGAGGGCUGGACCAACAACCAGCUCUACGACGCCGCGCGCGCCUACCUCGCCACGCGGAUCAACACCGACAUGCAGCGCCUCCGGGUCAGCCGCGUCGACGAGACCAAGAGCAUGAUGUUCAGCAUGGAGGAGGGCGAGGAGAUGGCCGACGUCCACGAGGGCACCGAGUUCAAGUGGCGCCUCGUCUGCCGGGACAACUCCGGCGCCAGCAGCAGCAACGGCAACGGCCGCGGCGGCAACGGCAACUUCAAGCUCGAGGUCCGCUCCUUCGAGAUGAGCUUCCACAGGAAGCACAAGGACAAGGCCCUCACCUCCUACCUUCCUCACAUCCUCGCCGAGGCCAAGAAAAUCAAGGACCAGAACAGGACGCUCAAGAUCUACAUGAACGAAGGUGAGUCCUGGUUUGCCAUCGACCUCCACCACCCCUCAACCUUCACCACGCUUGCCAUGGAUCACAAGCUCAAGCAGUCCGUCAUGGAUGAUCUCGAGAGGUUUGUCAAGAGAAAGGAAUACUACAAGAAGAUUGGCAAGGCCUGGAAACGAGGCUACCUGCUCUAUGGCCCGCCUGGGACUGGCAAGUCCAGCAUGAUUGCAGCAAUGGCCAAUUACCUCAAGUUUGAUGUAUAUGAUCUUGAGCUGACUGAGGUCAACUGGAACUCAACGCUACGGAGGUUGCUCAUCGGAAUGACCAACCGAUCAAUUCUUGUCAUCGAGGACAUCGACUGUACUGUCGAGCUGCAGCAACGGGACGAAGGUCAAGAGGGCACCAAAUCCAACCCUUCAGAGGACAAGGUGACGUUAUCUGGGCUACUCAACUUCGUCGACGGGCUCUGGUCAACAAGCGGGGAGGAGAGAAUAAUUAUCUUCACAACUAACUACAAGGAGAGGCUCGAUCCUGCGCUUCUGCGCCCUGGCAGGAUGGACAUGCACAUCCACAUGGGCUACUGCUGCCCGGAGUCGUUUAGAAUCCUCGCCUCCAACUACCACUCUAUAGAUCACCAUGCCACAUACCCAGAGAUAGAAGAGUUGAUUAAGGAGGUCAUGGUGACUCCAGCCGAGGUAGCGGAGGUGCUUAUGAGGAAUGAAGAGACAGACAUUGCACUUGAAGGCCUUAUCCAGUUCCUCAAGAGAAAGAAGGAUGGCGCCAAGGAUGGCAAAGCAGAAAAUGUGGACCAGGCACUGAACGAGGAAGAACAAGAGAAAGAGACGACGAUGAAAAGUGAUGCCCCAGACAAUCAAAUUCAUCAAGAUGAUAGCAAAGAGUGAUAUGUAUACAGUGUGAAUAUCAUACAAUUAGUGCCAGGAACGUCCAGCAAAAAUGUAUCGUUUUGCUAUAAUAAGAGAUCAUUUUUUGGAAUAAUAAGGUAGUCUGCUGUUGUGAACUGUGAUACUAUCUGGGUGCAUAUAAACCUGGUUAUGAACUGAUUAUCUGUUGCUUUUUCAAUGCACACAUACUGUU